GGCGAGCUGUAGGCAGGGGAGUCAGAGCUCCAGCGGCUGAGUCUCUUGAAAUCCCUGUUGAAGAGCCUGCAGACAUGGGUCGUCAAGAGGCCGACUGCGUGUGGAAGAAAAACACAGAAAACAUCCAGGAGGUGUUUGACGUCAUGGACGAGCUGGGAUCCGGGGCGUUCUCAGAGGUGUACAUGGUGAAGGAGAAGAAGACCGGAAAGAUGUUCGCCAUGAAGUGCGUGAAGAAGAAACAGAAGCGAGACCUCAACCUGGAGAAUGAGAUCGCCGUGUUGAGAAGAAUCAAACACGAGAACGUUGUGGGGAUGGAGGACUUCUAUGAAAGUCGGACUCAUUACUAUCUUGUCAUGCAGCUUGUUUCAGGCGGGGAGCUCUUUGACCGCAUCCUGGACCGGGGGGUGUACUCAGAGAAGGACGCCAGCAGCGUCAUCCAGCAGGUGCUGCAGGCCGUGAGCUAUCUGCACCAAAACGGCAUAGUGCAUCGUGACCUCAAGCCAGAGAACAUCUUGUACUACAGCCAAGAGGAGAACUCCAAGAUCAUGAUCAGCGACUUUGGCCUCUCCAAGAUGGUAGACAACGAUAUCAUGUCGACAGCUUGUGGCACCCCGGGAUACGUAGCUCCUGAAGUCUUGGCCCAGAAGCCCUACAGCAAGGCAGUGGACUGCUGGUCUAUUGGAGUCAUCACUUACAUCCUACUCUGUGGCUAUCCCCCUUUUUAUGAAGAAAGUGAGACCAGACUCUUCUCCAAGAUCAUGAAGGCGCAGUAUGAGUUUGACUCGCCCUUCUGGGAUGACAUUUCUGAGUCUGCUAAGGAUUUCAUCCGUAACAUGAUGCAGAAGAAUCCCAGCAUGCGCUACACCACUGACCUAGCACUCAGACAUCCCUGGAUUAUCGGAAAGACGGCCCGCAGCCAGGACAUCUACUAUUCUGUCAGCGUUCAGAUUCAAAAGAACUUCGCCAAGACCAAGUGGAAGCAAGCCUUUAACGCUGCUGUAGCCAUCAACCACAUGAAGAAGCUGCAGCUGGCCCACUCAGAGCUGGUCCUGAGGAAGGCCAGCAUCCCGGACAUCAAGGUGAUCGACGUGUCCUCCCCGACGAAAGCCAGCAAACACCUCGAUCCGGACAAACUGGACCCCAAGGCGGCGGAGAUCAACGGGAGAGCGCACGGGACAAAUCACAUGUUCCCGCCCACGGGCCAUGCGGAACUGAAGAGCCAUUACUACCCGCUGAAGGCCACCCAGAGUCAGUGCGGCGGUCACCACCCGCCCACCAUAGCCGAGCAGGGAAAGCACGUCUACCACUCGGAGCCGGCCAACCUCAACGGGUACGGUAAAAACCAUAACGGCAAGACCGUGCAGACCGGAGUCUGCUCAGUCAUGUGAAGGCUGCGUGACGUUUACACGGAAAAAAAAGCAUUUUAAUUGGUCAGUGUUGCUGUGCUGACUCGGCAUGCAGCUGUUUUGUGUCAGCGGGUCCCCCGGAACUGAGAAUGAGAGGAGGUUGAUCCUCUGACGGACCCGAGCGGUCCACACAGUCAGCGGGACGUUUUAUUUUGGAAAGAGUGCCUACGAAGCUUCCCGACAACACACACACACACACUCAGAUGCACAGGGUAGACUUCAGUUAAGCAGGACACUUCGGACAGUAUUCAAGCGAUCGUCUCUCUUAGCGUGGGUGUGGCGGGCUCACCUGCUGCUGGGCUCCACUUCAACGUCCGGCUCGCUGCUGCUGGUGACGCAGUCCUGACCUCUGACGUCAUGAAGGCUUUUUGCUGGUCCCGGUUCUUAAUCAGGGAGAGAUUAAUUCAGCAGAGCACUUAGUGUCCAGGUUCAUGAGGAUCUUUGUUACAUGUUGCUUAUGAAAAUACACACAAUGCAAUAAGAGAAAUUAUGUACUUCAUCAUUUUAGUGCAACAGAAUAUAUGGAACUGCAUGCUUCAAAUAAGCCAUACUUAUAUAAUAUAUAAUCUAUUCUGGUAAAAUUAUUUUUAUUACCUUCUGUGUGUUGAUUUAUUGUUCUGUUUUACUUUUCUAAAGUAUGUGCAUCCUGUUUUUUUUUAAAAAAAGAAAAAAUUAUGAUAAAUCUAUACAGACAAUAAACAGCAAACAGGAUCAUAAAAGAUGUUCAAACUGACGAAUCAUCAACAGAAUUUGCCAACUCGUGGCUCUCACAUGCCGCCAGCCGGCUAGAAUAUAAAAUGUCAUUUAUAUUCGCUGUGAUAGAUGUUUGUCCACUUACAGUAAGAGAUUCACUCUGCACAGUCUGCCUGUGGCUUUGUAUUGAUCCAUUCAAUAGAUGUCGAUCUACUCUGUGUAUUAUGACGCGAUCCCUCGUGAA